AUGAGGCCCACCAAGUUCGACGAUCUGAUCUCAGGCACGAUUGCCUCACUGGGAGCAGCAGCUGGAGCUUAUGAUAUUAUGAGAAACGAUCCUGACCUCCCCGCAACUUUUCAUAAGGCAGGUCAGCAUCUCGGCCAUGUCCAGCAAGCACUUCAGACUAUUGUAAAUCUACUGAAAUGGCGGGAUCUUGCUGGGGAUGUCAUACAAAUCAUCCCGUCGCUCGAAGACAGCAGCAAGAAAGCCAAAGUGCUAGAGGAUAUACUCUCAGAGGUCGCUUCGCAGCCGGAGUCGUCCAGGAAGAGCCGUUAUGUUAGCUCUGUACGCCAGCUGGGACACGAAAACACCAUAGAGGCAUUGCUGCUGGGAAUCAUGAGAAAUACAUGUGUUCUCGGAGAGGACGAGGCCAUCAAAGCAGCGAUUGACGACCAGGUCAGAGGAAUGCAUGGGGUAAUGGCAGAGCUGUCGGCAAUGGAACCAUCUGUGCCUGUCGGAGGGGGAGAGUCUCGCUUCACCCACUUUGGUUCUGGCUCCCAGUUCAAUAAUGCAGGGUCGGGUAAACAGUUCAACAACACUGGUAGUGGUCGCCAGUAUCAGGCCGAGGUCAUGCACUUUAAGGAUUAG